AUGGCCAAUGACUGCAUUGCUGAGGACCUCCAGCAGUUGGCUGCUUCAUUACCAGAUGGAGGUGUUCUGCUCUUAGAAACUGCUAGGUUCUACGAGGAGGAAGAGAAGAACGACCCUGAAUUCGCCAAGAAGCUGGCUUCAGUUGCUGAUAUUUAUGUAAACGUUUCCUUUGCACACGGAGGAGCCCUGCUGGAAGGCGAGGGCCUCCCAGGUGUCUUUGCUUUUGACAUAGAUGAUGGUUUUACCACGGUUAGUGGCAUCAAGAACGGGCUGCCGGACAAGACGAGCCACCGCAUUUCGACUGCUGAUGGUGUGAGCUCGGAGCUGCCAGUAGGCACGAACCGCAGGACCCUCCCAGCAGGUGUCUUUGCUUAUGAGAUCACUAGUGAAGACAAGAAGGUGAUCCACCACAUUUCGAGUGAUGCAAUUGUCUUGUCUCUUCCAGACGAGCAUGUACUGGGUGAAGUUUUCAAUUCCCAGGGCAUACCGCCUCUGCUUGUAAAAUUUCACCUGGCUCGGGUGAAAUUUGGUGCUCUGGAUGUGUAUACAUGUGCGGCAAAUGAUAUCAGAAGGAAGUCCUACAUUUGGAUGUUUGACCCAGCUGCUUUCAUCUGA